AUGAAGGAACCUUGGCUUCAUGGUGGUAGUGAAGGUGUCAUAAGAAAUCUUUUCGACGAUGCAGAUACGGAAAAAAUCCUACAGGUAGCGUUGUUGGAAGAAGUUAUAAAAGAUAUAAUGAUUUGGAAGGAAGAACAUGAUGGUAUAUACAGUGUGCGUACUAGUUAUAAACUUUGGGGCUACCUUCCAACUCGUGCAAGACUCAGACAACAUUUUGGUAUGUUCCCAUUAGCCUAUCAUAUGUGUGAGAACAUCACUGAGGAUGAGUGGCAUCUGUUUCUGGAUUAUAAUGAAGAUAUAAGAUUAGCAUGUAGAUUUGCGGUUAUGAUAGAUGUUAUUUGGAAAAACAGGAAUGACUUUGUUUGGCACAAUGAGCUAGAAGAAGUGACUAAAUUAGACUUAUGUGUGGUGCACCAAUGGAACGACUGGUUUCAAGCUCAGGAACAUACGGCAAGGAAUGUUCGCCUCGAUCAUGCUCUGGAAUGGAGUCCACCUUCUGUGGGUCGGUUGAAAUCCGAAGCCUUGGCCCUGAAAGAGGCAAUUCUUGAAGCUAUAUCUUCGCACUUGGAGUUUGUGACUUUUGAAAGUGCUUCCCAAAUAGUGACACAAGCUAUCCAUUCUAAUAGGAAGGGUGAUUUCAAAUUUAGUCUUAUUAUUGAAUCUAUUGUUAGUUUAUUACAUUUCAUUCCAAACUUUAAGGUUAAGUUUGUUAAACGUCAAGCGAAUAUGGUUGCUCACUCUCUUGCGAGGGCGGCCAAUUCUUGA